AGACCAACUUGACCCAACAACCUCUCAUCGUUCCAUUGGCGAUCGGCUCGAGGUCACGACGAUUCACCUCUAACGACGUCGCGCGACCGCUCGCAAUCAUGGACGCCCUCAGGUUCUCCAAGCGGCAGUCGCAGGGCGAAGCCCGCGACUCCAGCACGGAGACGGCAUCACUCUCUGGCAUGGUCUCAACUUUCGUGCCAGUCGUAAUCACUGCCACCGUGCUCUUCACCAUCUUCCUUAUUCUGCGCAGGAGCAAGCGCCGCUUCUACGCGCCCCGAACUUAUCUAGGCAGCCUGCGUGAGCAGGAACGUACGCCCGCCCUGCCCAACGGUCUUUUCAACUGGAUCGGCGCCUUCUGGAAGAUUCCCGACAUCGUCGCCCUCCAGUCCCAGUCUCUUGAUGCCUACCUGUUCCUCCGCUUCCUGCGCAUUUGCGCUACCAUCUGCCUCGUUGGUCUCCUUAUGACAUGGCCCGUCCUGUUUCCCGUCAACGCGACAGGCGGCGGCGGCCAGAAGGAACUCAAUAUCUUGAGCAUGUCAAACAUUGACAUCUCCAAGUCUUCAAACAAGACCCGCCUCUACGCGCACGCGUUCAUCGGCGCCCCUCUUUCUACGGUUUUGUUAUGCAAGCUGCGCAUCGUGUUCAGCGAUUCGGUGAAGAAUCUCUGGAUCGCUGGCACCACGAAGGACCUUGACGAGCUCGUCGAGGAGCGUGACAAGGUUGCCAUGAAGCUCGAGGGCGCCGAGGUCAAGCUCAUCAAGGCCGUCAACAAGGAGCGCCUCAAGGCCAUCAAGAAUGGCGCUUCUGCCGAGAAGCCUGCUCCCUCCAACGACGCCGAGCCUGGUCAGGUCGCCGCUCGCUGGAUUCCUCAGAAGAGCCGCCCUACCCACCGCCUGGGCAAAUUCGGUCUCUACGGCAAGAAGGUUGACUCAAUCGAUUGGGCUCGCGCUGAGCUCCAGAGGCUCAUUCCCCAGGUCGACGCUGCUCAGGCCGAGUACCGUGCCGGCAACUAUGCCAAGAACGGUGCCGUUUUUGUCGAGUUCUACACUCAGUCUGACGCCCAGGCUGCCUUCCAGGUCCUCACCCACCACCACGCCCUCCAUAUGAGCCCCAGGUACAUCGGUAUCACCCCUGGCGAGGUCAUUUGGAAGUCUCUGUCCAUCCCGUGGUGGCAGAAGGUAGUCCGCAAAUACGCCGUCACCGCCUUUAUCACAGUUCUCAUUCUCUUCUGGGCCAUUCCUGUUGCUGGCGUUGCCAUGAUCUCCCAAGUCGACACCCUCAAGAAGGUCAGCUUCCUGACAUGGCUCGACAAGAUUCCCAAUAUCAUCUUGGGUCUGGUCGGUGGCCUGCUGCCCAGUGUUGCCAUGGCGAUCCUGAUGGCCUUGGUUCCCAUCAUCAUGCGUCUCUGCGCCAAGAUUGCUGGCGAGCCUUCUGCCUCGCGUGUUGAGCUCUUCACUCAGAACGCCUACUUCUGCUUCCAACUCAUCCAGGUCUUCCUCAUCACCACGAUCUCUAGCUCGGCCGUGGCUGCUGCCCAGCAGAUCGUGGAUGAUCCUAGCUCAGUGUUCGACAUUCUUUCCGAGGCUCUGCCCCGUUCCUCCCAGUUCUACGUCUCGUACUUCAUCGUCCAGGGUCUGGGUAUCGCUGCGAGCGUCGUUUCCCAGGUGGUUGGCUUUAUCAUCUUCACCCUGAUCUACAGGUUCCUCACAAGCACCCCCCGAUCCAUGUACAACAAGUGGGCCCAGCUCAGCGCCAUCUCCUGGGGGUCUGUCAUGCCGGUCUACACCAACAUCGCGGUCAUUAGCAUUGCCUACGCUGUGAUUGCGCCCAUCAUGCUUUUCUGGUCGACAAUCGGUAUUGGCUGCUUCUACAUGGCGUACCGCUACAACAUCUUGUUCGUUACGGAUACGAACAUUGACACGAGAGGCUUGAUCUACCCUCGUGCGCUCAAGCAGCUCACCUGCGGCGUCUACCUCGCGGAAAUUUGCAUGAUUGGCAUGUUCUCCGUGAAGAAGGCUCCCGGUCCUGUCGUCAUUGCCGUUGUCCUGCUCGUUCUUACGAUUCUGGGCCACAUCACCUUCGCCAGUGCCCUCAACCCCCUGCUCUACAGCCUCCCCCGUACGCUGCAGGUCGAGGAGGAGCUUCUCCUGACCGGCGACGUCGAAGCUGCGGCUGCCGGAACCAACGGCGAGGGCGCUGCUGGCACACAGUCCAAGGCUGCCAUUUUCAAGAAGGUCCUUCCUGGCAACGGCGACAACGUUGUCGAGAAGCGCGGCAACAUCAUCACACGCUGGCUCAAGCCGUGGAUCUUCGCCGACUACCACACCCUCCGUGCGCUGGUGCCCCACGACCUUGUCGAUGUCGACCAGCUGUAUUCCGAGCAGGUGGAGAAGGACGCCUACUUCCCUCCCUCUGUCACCAGCGCGACUCCUCUGUUGUGGAUCCCCGAGGACAAGGCUGGUGUCUCUCGUGAUGAGAUCAUCCAGACGAGCAAGGUCAUCGGCAUCACCGACGAGGGGUGCACGCUUGACGACAAGAACAAGCUUCAGUGGGACGCCGAGGGCGCACGACCACCCAUUUGGGACGAGAAGAUUUAUUAUUAG